AUGCACGAGGACGAGGACGAGGUGUGGCACUUGAACUGUGUUGCCGCGAUGAAGAUCAUCACUGACUACGGCGACGGAGUUGGUGGUGACGGUGAAGGUGAUGGUGAGCAGGAGCAGACAGCUCCUACCGUUGAGAUCACGGCAACUCAGCCGGGACUGAGUCCCAGUGCCGCCGCCGCAGUUGUGCCAUUGGACAUGCAGCCGUCAUUGCAGCCCGUGAAACCGGAGCCUGCAGUGCAGCCCACACUCAGCGAGAAGGAAUCUACUCCAGUUCAGGUGGACAGCUCGCCAUCGCCUUCCCCGCAACGCUCCGUUCACCCGCCGCGGCCUCCAACCGCUGCCAAUCUGACGAAGCGCUUGAGUGGCAAGCAGAGCCCGGUAGUCCCAACUGCACUUGGAAGCAGACCCAGCGAGGCAGAGACUGUGCUCGCCGAACUCGGGCCCAGCGAGUCUGAGAAAGCACUCGCGGAGCUGCGUUCAUCAAUCGCUGCCAAAUCGGCCCAGAAGGUAUAUGAGGGUGCAAUCACCGCCAGCGAAGGCGGCGGUGUGGAAAAGUCGAAGUCGAAGGGCGGUGUGGACUCGGGCAAGCCGAAGCCGGACAAGCAGCAACCGAAGAGUGCUUCGGCGACAAAGUUGCCACAUGAUUCACGCAAGAGCCAGGCACCUCCUGGUCAAUGUGCCCGUGGUGGCGGGCGUGGUGGGCGAGGUCGUGGUGCAGGUGCAGUUGCAAAGAAGCAGGCGCAGCCCCGCAAGGCAAAGGCAAAAGCAAAUUCGAAGAUCCAGAUCGCGAACGACGACGACACAGAUGAAGAGUUUGACAAGCAUGCCACCCCGCCCAGGAAGUGCAAGCGAGUGUAA